CGUCGGGCCGGGCGCGCUCCCGUGCAGCCGGCUCCGGCCCCGACCGCCCCAUGCACUCCCGGCCCCGGCGCAGGCGCAGGCGCGGGCAGACGCGCCGCCGCCCGCCGGUCCUUCCCUUCGGCGGAGGAAGUGGCGGUGCGAGGGCUGCUGCACAGCGAGCAGAGCCGCGGUCCGGACGGCAGCGCGUGCCCCGAGCUCUCCGCCUCCCCCCGCCCGCCAGCCGAGGCAGCGCGAGCCCAGUCCGCGGCCCCAGCAGCAGCGCCGAGAGCAGCCCCAGUAGCAGCGCCAUGGCCGGGUGGAACGCCUACAUCGACAACCUCAUGGCGGACGGGACCUGUCAGGACGCGGCCAUCGUGGGCUACAAGGACUCGCCCUCCGUCUGGGCCGCGGUCCCCGGCAAAACCUUCGUCAACAUCACGCCAGCUGAGGUGGGUGUCCUGGUUGGCAAAGACCGGUCAAGUUUUUACGUGAAUGGGCUGACACUUGGGGGCCAGAAAUGUUCGGUGAUCCGGGACUCACUGCUGCAGGAUGGGGAAUUUAGCAUGGAUCUUCGUACCAAGAGCACCGGUGGGGCCCCCACCUUCAAUGUCACUGUCACCAAGACUGACAAGACGCUAGUCCUGCUGAUGGGCAAAGAAGGUGUCCACGGUGGUUUGAUCAACAAGAAAUGUUAUGAAAUGGCCUCCCACCUUCGGCGUUCCCAGUACUGACCUCGUCUGUCCCUUCCCCUUCACCGCUCCCACAGCUUUGCACCCCUUUCCUCCCCAUACACACAUACACCAUUUUAUUUUUUGGGCCAUUACCCCAUACCCCUUAUUGCUGCCAAAACCACAUGGGCUGGGGGCCAGGGCUGGAUGGACAGACACCUCCCCCUACCCAUACCCCUCCUGUGUGUGGUUGGAAAACUUUUGUUUUUUGGGGUUUUUUUUUCUGAAUAAAAAAGAUUCUACUAACAA